GAUGUGUUGCAGCUGCUAAACCAUGAAGUCAGCUCUUCACUGGUGGAGAAGACAAAGUUGGAGAUUCAAGAAUUCUUCAAGCUACCAAUCGAAGAGAAAAGGAAGUUCUGGCAGCAACCAGAAGAUUUGGAGGGCUUUGGACAGGCAUUUGUUGUAUCUGAGGAGCAGAAACUUGACUGGGGAGACAUGUUCUACAUGCAGACCCAUCCAACAUACAUACGGAAGCCCCAUUUAUUUCCCAAACUCCCCAUUCCUUUCAGAGACACAUUGGAUGUUUAUUCCUUGGAGAUGAAAAAGUUGGCCAUGGCCUUAUUAGAACAGAUGGGGAAGGCCUUGAAGAUGGAGACUGGUGAGAUAACAAAGAUAUUUGAUGAUGGAUUGCAGGGAAUGAGGAUGAAUUACUAUCCUCCAUGUCCUCAACCAGAGCAAGUAAUUGGCCUUUCACCACACUCAGAUGCCGUGGGUAUAACCAUUCUUCUUCAACUUAACGAACUUGAAGGCCUUCAGAUAAAAAAAGAUGGGAACUGGAUUCCAGUUAAGCCUCUUCCCGAUUCUUUCAUAGUGAACAUUGGAGACAUCAUGGAGAUUGUGAGCAACGGGAUAUAUCGCAGCAUUGAGCACAGGGCAACAGUGAACUCAGAGAAAGAGCGGCUCUCCAUGGCAACAUUCUAUAGCCCAAAUCCUGAUGGAGAAGUGGGUCCUGCAAGAAGCUUGAUUGGCCCAGGUAGACCAGCAUUGUUUAGAAGAGAAGGGGUUGCAGAUUACUUCAAAGCACUGUUUACUAGGAAGCUUGAUGGAAAAAGUUAUAUAGAAGCCAUGAGGAGCUAAUUGAGUUUAUAUGUGCUCAAGAAUCAGUAAGUUGUGAAAUGCUGAUAAGCAUAUUUAUAAAUAAUGGGCUAUGGUUUCCACCUCCGACGCCCUUGUACUAAUUCUGGUGAAGGAGGAAGCCCACUUUAGAAUUUUCAAAUUGAAGGGGACUAUUUAAGACAUUUCACUGUCUUAGGGAACAAUGACUCUGCUUCCCAUAAAUAAUUUGACCUUUACUCUGAA